GGAGAGGGAGGAGGAGGAGGUGGGGGAGGAGGAAACAAAAGAGGAAGAAACCUUUGAACUAAAGUUUAUUUAAGUGUUAUUAAAAGUGUGAAAAACACAUCACAUAAACGCCUCUUUCUUCUUCUGUGGUUUCAGAUAAAAGUAGGAAGGACGACAGCAUGAAGACCAAACCAGACAUCUACACUGUGUCCAAGUCUGGUGAGGGGGAGGGGUUUGUGGACAGCCCCGCCUCCUGUCCUGAAGACUACGCCCAGUUCUGUGAACACGGCGAAUGUGAGAUGAGACACAACCUUCCCACCUGCAGGUGUGACACGGCGUACGGGGGGGAUCAGUGUGAUCAGCUGCUGGACUUUAACAUCCUGUACGUGGUGCCCAGCGGUCAGAAGCUGCACUACGUCCUCAUCGCCGCCAUCAUCGGAGCAGUUCAGAUCGCAGUCAUCGUCGCCGUGGUCAUGUGCUUCACCAGGAGGUGCAACAAGACGAAGCGCGGCCGGCGACAGAAGCAGCACCUCGGUCACUUCCCUUCAGGAACGUCCUCCCGGAUGAUGUAGCCGCUCCACGUCGUCUUUUUAUGAAACACAAGAAGUCAAAACGUUUUCGUACCACAGACUGACUGCUCUUUUGAUAUCUCGACUCUGGUGCCUCUUUUUUGUUUUCCUCCCUUUAUUAAGAAUAGUUUGUGAAUUUCUUGAGGGGCCUUAUUUUUUAUAUUUUCCUCCAUAUUUGUUUAUUUUUGUUCCCGUCUGCAGGUUGAGUUUGUGUUCGUCGUCCUCUCAGACUCUGGAACACUGUGGAUCCUCCGGCAGGAAACUGACUUAAUUUAUCUGAUUGUAUCGUCACAAACAAUCUGGGAAACACACGCUGUGUCUUGUAGUGUUGACCUGUGGGACGCAGAGCGGUGCUGGUUCUGGUUCUGGUGCUGGUUCUGGUUCAUAGCAGUAAUCACUACUGAAGACAUAUUUCACUUUGAAAACCAUCCAGGUGAAUGUUUCAAUACUUGAUUUCAAGUAUUUUUAAGAUUGACAAAACUAAAUUCAAUCUUAAAUUGAAUUAUUUUCUGAAGUAAAAAUGAAAGUCUGGUUUGAUACUGAUAUUAAUGUUUAUAAUAACUUCAGAGUCUUUACUAAUGAUUCAACAUCACAUUUAGGAAUUCAGUUCCUUGUGAGAUUUAAAUCAUUAUUAUGAUUAUGAUAGUUGGAGAGAUCAACCUGAUCCGUAGUUUUAUUUUGAAGGCCUGUUCUCUGUUCUGAUAACUUUUUCUUCAGAUUUCAUGAGUUAAAUAUUAAAACCUGCUUCUGUUCGAUGGUUGGACCAACUUUUCUUUCUCCGGUUGACUUUGUGUAAUAAUGGCCUGAAUGCUGCAGGGGGCGCUCUGCACCAGGACCACAGGGACCACCAGAGACCACUGAAACCUGAACUCAAGUGUGCUGUGUCUCACAGGGUCAAAAACAACUUUCAUAUCAACUUGAUUAGACUUUUCUUUGUUUUUUUGUAUUUUGUUACGAGACGCUCCUGAAAACCAAAAUGCUGUUUUUUCUACUGUUUAAGGGAACAGGCUGUACAGGAAGUUAUGUUAUUCAGUGAUUCAUUUUCAGAUGACGCCAUUCAGGAAAUGGAUUCCAAUGUUUUGAUUUGUUUUGACAAGCUGACGAUAAUUUAACCGUUUUGUUUUUGUUGGUCGGGUUCGUAGCGAUGGAACCACGUGUCCGUGUUGCUCGAGUUUCUUCUUCGUUGGUCGGGUUCGUAGCGAUGGAACCACGUGUCCGUGUUGCUCGUUCUCUUGUGGUAGAAGGUUAGACUUCAGCAGCCGGGAGGCUCCCUGAGGUCCGACUGCUCUGAGGUCAGAUGCGUCUGAAGAGGCGGUCCCGCCUGGCUGUAAUAGACGUUGCAUGAACUGUGAACGUGUUGUGUAGAUCUGUGCUGUAGUGGAACUAGAAUUAAAUUAUGAUGUUUGAACACAA